ACUACAAUCACAACCACCUUCCCAGACACAACAAAGCCCAAUCCCUCGCGCCCCCUCUACUUCGCCUACGGUUCGAACCUCUCCGCCGUGCAGAUGCGCAUGCGCUGUACAAAUAACCCCGCUUUGUCCGGGAAUCCAGUCGCGAUUGGAAGAUUGGAAGGCUGGAGGUGGAUUAUUUGUGAGGCCGGCUAUGCGAAUGUACUCCCACCGAGGGAAUUGAGGGUUGAAGAGCAGGUAAAGGCUACUACUGUUGAUGAUGGGUGUAAGGUGUGGGGUGUUCUGUAUGAGAUGGCCCCCGAGGAUGAAUUCCUGCUCGAUGGGUACGAAAACGUUGAUCAUUCCUCUGGCCUGGCUAGCAUUGAUCUUGGUGGUGUGAGGCCUAGAGAACAGGGCGAGGGCCAUUAUAACAAGUGGUAUCUACCGGCGACAAUCACGAUGUGGCUGGAUGGGGAGCAAGAGAAAGCUAGAGGGGGUGGUGGGAAGGAGAUUGUUUUGGUUUAUGUGGAUGAGAAACGGGUGCGGAUGGGUCCGCCGAAGGAGGAGUAUGUUGGGAGGAUGAAUCGAGCGAUUCGAGAGGCGGAGGAGUUGGGAGUGGAUAGGGUUUGGGUGAGGGAUGUCAUGAGGAGGUUUAUUCCU